AUGGCGCUUCCUCCUGUUCUAGACGAAGAGAACCUCUACAAAUUCCGCACCAAGAUAUGCGAGCGCUACGUCAAACAGGGAAAAUGUGAAUUUGCCGACAAGUGCCAGUACAGCCAUGACCUGCGCUGGACACGCCGCCCUCCAUGGAAGUACACGUAUUCUCCUGAAUUAUGUCGGGACCUCGUGUUUGUGACAGACGGGAGGGGCCGUACAAUAGCCAAGUCGAACUGCAAGCAGAAGAGAAACUGCAGAUUUGCGCACACCAAGGAGGAACAGAUGUAUCACCCCAAAGUAUAUAAAACAGCCAUGUGCCACCAGUUCAAGGAAAAUGGCUGGUGUGACAGAUAUUACUGCCCCUUCGCGCAUUCCGACGCGGAGUUGCGUCCUACAGAGCAGAGUGAAGAGGGCCGCAGGACGUUCGCCAAAGCCGCAGUUCAAGAAGUGCUUUGUCCUGACAUCUAUUUGCCAUCAGACCGCCCACACCCUCGCCUAAGGGCCCGCUUCUUAGCCAUCAUGGAUGGCAUUCCUUCCCAGAGCCACUUACACUUGGCACUGGAUCCAAACUACCUGUGUGCGACGGGGGGUGCUCGCACAAGGCAGCCGUAUACAGACUUUAUAUCUUCCCACACGCCUCACUCUGUGCUGUCGGACGGCUCCCCUUCUGCGCACGGGAACAAAACAUGCAACAGCCAGGGAGGCAGCCACGCAGCAGGUUCCCGCCGGGGUCAGACAGAAGAGCCAUGGGGGCGAGAAGAAGGAACUGCGGACAACAACACGGCUCGUGCAGAUGCUGCAAAACAAGCAGUUAGGAGGUAUGGUCGGAGUGCAACGCUUAAUGACAGAAGCAUCCGUCGUGCGCGCUGUGCUGAGCAAUGCUUUGCGAGGCUGAGAAACAGCAACCCCACCGGAGGAGCGGCCACAACUAAGCUGGACGGCUCCUCGUCCCGACAGGCCGACGCGUUCCCGCCGUCCGCAGAUGCGGAUGGCUUGAAGUGUGCAGGGAUGCCGUCUGCAUUCAGUGGCGUUCAUGAGAGUGUUCUCCCCUUCCCAAGCGCAUAUGCGUCUACCCAUUCGGCGGCAUCUGCUCAGCAGUGGACGUCGACUCCUGGAUCCCCUACGGCCAGCAGAACACCUGCCCUGCACACCGUGGAUGCUCCGGAAGGUUUGCAGCCCAAUUUUUAUGCUCAAAUUUCCGUUGAACACCCCGCAGACGUCUUGCUCCCGCCAGUGCAGGGAGAUCGGCACACCGCUGCCGUCGUCGAAGGGGGGAUGGUUCCCCCCGCAACGAUGCGAGGGCGCCCCCCCCCCCUUCCCGCCAGAGGCUCCGCCAAAAAGAACCUUCCUCAGCCUCUGGCAGCAGCUCCUGCUACCUUCUCGGGCAAAACGGAGGACGCCUGGUGGGUGGCUCACUUUCGAGUCAAGUGUCUUACGAGCGACGUUUGCUACUGGAAUGAGCCGAUAGGCCGCAGUAGAGACGACCUCAGUGUUCUGGUGUAUGCUGGACUGGUCCUGGGACCGGGCAAGUCGCGGGAGAUUGUUGCAGUUAAGCAGCUGCCAGUUGUUGUUUCGAGCCGAGCUGCGGAUUUGUGGAAGGAGGUGCAAGCCUUCUUGUCUAUCAGAGACCCGUUGCUUGUGAACGUGCGAAGGGCUCUUCUGCUGCCUGGAGAAGCUGAUGAAGGAACUUCCCUUUGGGUGAUCACGGAAAAGUGCCAAGGCAGCAUCAUUGAGCUCUUUCCCUCGGGCGCAGUGCCCGCCUCCUUCUUGCAGUCUGCAUUCCCCUCCUCGGGGCUGAACGGCCUGCUGUAUCACCUCCUAAAAGCCGUUCACUCGUUGCACUCGUACUCAAAGAGCGCCCACAUGCGCAUUCAUCCUGGCAACGUCAUGGUGGGGUCGCAGGGAGAAAUCAAACUCGGGGACUGCGCAGGAAACGUCCGAUACCUCAGUAUUCUAGAUCUCCUGCAUGCGGGAGUCCAGGGUGCCAGCAACGCCAAGGCACUCUUACAGUGGAUUCUGGGAACCCCACAAGAAACCUGCUGGAUGGCGCCCGAGUUCGUAUCAUCUUUGAUCAACCUAGACGAAGAGUUGAAGCAGAUGUUGUGGCACUGCAGUAGCAACGGGCUCGACAACAGCCGCUGCGAGGCGGCCUUUAUCCAAGUGGCGCGAACCUUCAAGUGGCGAGCCGAUUUUCUGCAACGGGCAGAUGCGUGGUCUAUUGGCGCUACGCUUUUCUUCAUCGCCUCGGGGGGCCAUCACCCCUACGGUAGUACCAACAACCCCCUGAUCCUCGCCAACAUCCUCGCAGAUAAGAAAGUCAACUUCGACAAGCUAGGCAACUGCCCCUGGCAGGCGGAUUUGCUAGCAGGUCUCGUAAGUCACAACCCUGCCCAGCGCCUCACGAUAACACAGGCACUGCACCAUCCUCUUUUCUGGACUUCCGAAGACAUUGAAAAGUAUUUGCAAGACCUGCGGGCAGCUCUUGAGACCGGAAGUGAGGAAGCGGCGGGGCUCCAAGAGGCGCUGUCGUAUAACAUCGGCUGGGUGGAUUCUUUGAGUCUGAUACCAUCCCCCUUUGCGCUGCUGCCGCUUCUGUUCUCCUACGUCGCGACGCCGUCGGCUUCUCCCCUUUUGCUGUCGGCGCAUCCUCCUCAGAGCGCCUCUUCCUUCCUUGGAUUCCUCGCAUGCAUCUCUGGAGAUAGCCGGAUCGCCGUGGUAGAACGGCGUCUGGCCGUGUCACAGUGUCUGCUAGCGCAUGCAGCCCCCUUCCUCCACAGCGUCUACCUCUUUCUCUUCCCCAAGCUUGCGGAUGGCACCUCUGGCCCACAGCCGCAAGGCGCUCCUUCCCCCCCCGUAAGGAAGGGUCAGCUUUUCUGGGGUUCUACGGAGAAUCUCCCACGUCCGCUGGCUAUUCCAAGUGCCUCCAAGGCAGCUUCCUCGAAGGCUCCUGCAGCGCUGCUCCCGCGAGAGAGCUCGUUGAAGCCCGCUUCUGCUGCUGCUGGAAGCCUCCCGCCCCCUGCCCUUCCCCCCCCAGCGGUAGACAGCGCCUUAGGACAGCGCCUUGGCAGUUUUGCCGCGAAUGCGAAGGCGGUGCAGAUGCCAGCCGCAGCAGCAGCCCUCGCAGCAGCAGCAGCCUCCCUCCGCGUGCAGGCGCUGAUUCGCGAAGGGGUGUGUCUGAGCGGCGUCCAGCCGAAAGCAGGUGGCUUGCGAGCUCCGCGUGACGGCGCAGGGGCAGCAGACAGGGAGGGCAGGCCUGCUGAAGGGAGUCCAAGAGCAGCAACGCGAUCGAAGAAAGGAACAAAAGCGGAAGCCAAGCAGAGGACUGGAGGGGGGCUUAAGGAGGGGCGCUGCUCCUACCCGUGUGCCGCAGAUCGCGUGGGGCCGUCCACGAAAGCGCAGAGUGAGGGGAGGCUUCUUCUUCCACGAGGAAAAGCUGCAGCAGCAGAGCCAGUGUGGGCGUGCCCCACGCCAGGCGUUGGAAAGGCGACGGAAGGAGCAUCGGACCCGCUCAGCGCGAAGCCGAUGCAGGGAGAGGCUCCCCCCCCCCAAACCGAGGCUUCUUCGAGCAGCAGCGGCACAGGAUCUUCGGAGGCUGCGGCGGCUACACCAGCACCUCAGGAAAAACUGCAGCAGGACCAGCAUGCAGCCCCAAGGCCUGCCCGUCCUCUGCAUGCGCCACUGACGCCUGCAAGAGGGUAUCGCGAAGACGCUCAAGCGUCGCGACGCGGCGUCUUUGCUGCGGGGCUUGCGGAAGUAAAAUUCAACCUUAAGCCGAAUGCUGCCCUCUUGCAGAUGCCGGUAGCUGUAAGCACCGUGUCGACAGCGCAUUCGUCGGCGACAGUCAGCGACUUCUGCCACGGCCCCUCGCAGCCCAUCGAGGGAGCCGUCGAGGAGGGCAGCUGGAGGACUGAGGCUGCACCUGGUUCCGCAGCAGACACCUGCCUGCAGAAACUGGAAAAGCAACGGGAGGGAAAGGAUGGCAAGCAGCAUGAAGCGACAGGUCUCAAGCUGGUGGACCCCACGCCUACGGACGUUCCAAAGGAGGCUGUCUCUGGUCAGGCACCACUUGGCCAGUCAGCAGGAGGCGCGGAGAACCUGCGCCGAGACACCUCCAACGCCUGCUGCAUUCAGUAA